AUGUGUGAUAUGGCUUUUAUUCGUUAUCUGCUCGUCUUUCUAUUGUUGUCUGCAUCAAUACAUGCGCAAGACACAGCAACUACUGAAUUCACAACUGCGUCUUCAACUUCAGUGCCCAGUGGCACCGGAGGGACUGCUUCUACAACUUCGACGCUGAUUCCGACAACAACAACGACGCGUUCAAUCGCUGCAGGCUCAAGAUUCACAGUUGAAUAUUUAAUCUCUCAAAGUGUCAAUCCAGCUAAAUUUAAUUUCAGCAGCGAAGAAGAUAUUAAGCAGUUCUUUAAGCAGCUUAGCAGUAAUCUUACAGAUUGUUUUCGCAAUAUUUCAUAUGAUCCUGUAACUUGUUGCGGCGACUUAAGUAAUAUAAUCUAUAGUGGAAUACCUGCAGUGGAUGGAACUCUGAGUUACGGGAGUAUUGAAGGCUGUAUUAUAAGUGGAACAGAAUCGUAUGCCAAUAAUACCAAUUUAAGGAAUUCACGCAAAAUGAACUGUACCGGUAGUGAAAUUCUAACAAGUAAAGGUAAAUGCCGCUAUUGUGUUAAUGAGCCUCGAUGUGCUGACUUUCCUGAAUCAACAUGUGUUCGAGAUUUGUCAACGUUGGAAGAUCAUUGUGAGUGUGAUCGAACUAAAUAUUUCUUCCGUACAAAUUAUGAGUAUAAUGAAAAAUGUUAUCGUUUUGCAACUGUGUGGUGGCCACAAAUGCUAGCACUAUGUUUACUUGUGUUUGCAAUUCUUAUACUUCUCUGUGCUUGUCUAAUGUGCCUACGUCGACGACACAUUAUAUGUAAAAGAUCAGUAGGGAAAACAGAAGUUAUAGGAAAUGCACCUAACAAAAAUCGUGAUUUUGAAUAUAUCGGAUUGAAUAAUAUGGACCAAUCAGCAGCGAAUUAUACAGCGCGACCUACAAACAAUGAUCUUGCCAGUUCCGUUUAUCCAACGGAAAUAUCCAAUGAUUAUCCUUAUCAAAGACGUACACCACAAAGUUCUAGACAUCUGCCACUAAUUCAAAUUGACCAAAAUCCAACUGUAUACAAUGAAAUAGAUGAUCGUGAAAGUGUAAUACGUGAUAUGUAUUUUUAA